GAUGGCUACAGAUGGUUUUAAUCCUUUUGGGAAUAUGAACAAUAACUACAGUAUGUGGCCUGUCAUCCUCAUUCCCUAUAACCUACCACCUUGGUUAGUUAUGAAAGAACCUUAUUUUAUGAUGUCCUUACUUAUUCCUGGACCCAGUCAACCAGGAAAUGAGCUUGAUGUUUUCUUGAGGCCAUUGUUUGAUGAGUUGAAGGAGUUGUGGGAAGAGGGUGCACGCACUUACGAUGCAUCUUGUGGUAUGCAUUUUCAGAUGCGUGCCGCUUUGUUGUGGACAAUACAUGACUAUCCUGGAUUCGGUAAUGUGUCUGGAUGGAGGACAAAGGGUUAUCAUGCUUGUUACACUUGCAAUGAUGAACCAUAUUCGGAGACAUUGGAAAGUAAAAUUGGAUACACUAACCAUCGUGCCUACUUGCCUAUGGACCACCCUUGGCGAAGGAGUUGCUCAUUCAAUGGUAAAAUUGAGAAACGGAUGAGAUCAUUGGAGUUACCGGUGGAAAAGAUAAAUGAGCAAUUUGACCGAAUGCCAAAUAUAAUUUUAGGAAAGAAUCCAAACAAUAAGAAAAAGCGUCCAAUUAUUGGGGGACCGAAUUGGUCAAAGAAAAGUAUCCUAUACAAGCUACCAUAUUGGAGGAAUAAGAAGCUUAAACACAAUAUUGAUGUCAUGCAUGUUGAGAAAAAUAUUAGUGAGAGUACAUUCGGAACUUUGUUGGGAAUUGAGGGGAAAAACAAGGACACAGACAAGGCACGCAAGGACUUGAAAAAUAUGGGCAUAAGGAGUGUUUUGCACCUCCAAGAACGUCCUGAUGGAUCAUUUGACAAGCCUCAUGCCUUCUUUUCAUUGUAUCCUGAAGAAAGGGAUGGUUUUUAUGAAUUUUUGAAAUCAGUUAAGUAUCCAGAUGGCUAUGCAGCAAACAUAUCGAGGUCGGUGAACACAAGAAAUGGUAGACUAUUAAAUCUGAAAAGCCAUGACUGUCAUGUGCUUUUACAGCGGAUUCUUCCAAUUGGGAUGCGGGGUUUUGCUGAUAAGGACAUUUGUACAGUAUUGUUUGAGUUGGGCAGUUUUUUUCAAGACUUAUGCUCUAGGACCCUAAGGAAGAGCGACUUGGAGAAAUUAGAAGGACGUAUACUUCUCAUACUAUGCAAACUCGAGAAGUACUUUCCUCCAGCCUUUUUUGAUGUAAUGUUUCAUCUUGCUGUUCACCUACCUCGUGAAGCCAUUCUUGGAGGACCAGUGCAAUAUAGGUGGAUGUAUCCCAUUGAAAGGUUUCUUGGAACGUUGAAAAAAUACGUUUCUAACCGAGCUCGACCAGAAGGUUCAAUUGCAGAGGCUUACAUUCUUAAAGAGUGUAUUACUUUCUCGUCAUUAUAUCUGGAUGGAGCUGAAACCGUGCAUAAUCGAAGGGAAAGAAAUGCUGAUUGUGGUGAAUAUGGCCAAGGGUUGACGAUUUUCUCACAAACAGCUCGACCCACUGGGUCUAGGCAGAAUGAUGUGGGGAUGUCACGUGAAUUGCGUGAUAUUGCUCAGUGGUAUUUGUUGUACAAUUGUCCCGAGUUGGAGCCGUAUUUAGAUGAACACAAAAACACAUUACAUAAUCCAACUGGAGAAGACAUAACUCAAAUACAACGACGAGAGUUUCCUAAGUGGUUCAAAGAACGUAUCUAUAGAUUGAAAGAGAACGACUCAUCAGAAGUUACAAAACAAAUGUGAUCAUUAGCAAAUGGUCCUAAGUUGCUAAUGAAAGAAUACUCGGUCUGCAUGGUCAAUGGUGUAAGGUUCCAUAAAAAAGACUUGGACAAUCGUCGUGUAACCCAAAAUAGCGGUGUAUCUACAGAAGGGGACCAUGAUGGACAAAUACAUGACUUCUAUGGUUAUGUGUGCAAAAUUUGGGAAUUGGAGUAUAUGUAUCAAUAUAAAGUUGUUUUGUUUCAGUGUGAAUGGUACAAUACUGGUAAUAAGAUCGGUUGAAGGAGAACGAUACGAACUGAGACACAUUGUACAAGUAUCAAUGUGCAAAGUCGGUGGUAUCAAAAUGACCCUUUCAUAUUACCUAGUCAGGCGAAACAAGUUUUCUACCUUCGUGAUACCAAAUGGGGUGAACCUUGGCAUGUUGUGCAAUGCGUACAAUAUAGGGGAAUGUUUGAUGUGCCAGAGGUGGGUGAUGGAGAAUCCAAUGAUCAAACAGAAGCUAAUGAAGCAUUCCAAAAAGAAGCCAUUAGCAAUGUUGUCCCUAUCGAUGUUGAAGAUAAUGUUCAAUAUUGUAAGGGUGAUAUUGAAGUUGAGAAUAUUCCAGAAGGUUUGGGAGAGCAAGGGGAUAAUAAUGAAGAUGAAGUGCAUAACAUACCUAAUUCUGAUAUGGAUCCUGAUAUGGAUUAUGAUAUGUAGAUUUCAUUUUUUUCCUUUGUAUAUGGAAACGUGCGUUUAAUAAUUUUUGAUUCCCUAUUAUUUAUUCAUGGAUAUUUUUAUUUGAUGUUCCAGUUUAUGUUUCGUA